AUGAAUCCAUACAAUCAACAGCCGUACGGGUUUUCGCAGCAGACACCAGGCCCGCCACAGCCUCCGUGGCAAGCACCUCCUCGAAGACAAGGAUGGGGAGACCCGAGACUUCACGGGCAGCAGCAACAACAACAGCAGCAAGCACAGUCACCGGGGUCUCCUUAUCAUACUGCCAUUCCCUCCUCGCAUGCGUUUGGACCUCCCCUCCCGCCUCCGCCGACUCAAUACCCCUCGCAGCAGUUUGAUACACAUCAGUGGGGAGUCAGAUAUAACCAGGGACUGGGUGCUCAAAAUCAGAAUCAAAAUCAACAUCAGGAAGCCAAACCUGCGUUACCGCCGCGUCCUUCCUCCGCCGCAGGUAGAAUAAGCCCGCAGCCUCAUCAGCCAGGCUAUUCGCAGCAGCCAGCACCAGUGCCAGCACCAUCACAACAGCAAUAUCCGACAUCGUGGAACGACCCCUAUCACACAAGUCCGACUGUGCCACCACCACCUCCUCCUCCCCGACCAGUUGAGUAUCAGGCCCAGAUACAGGCGGCCCAUCACAAUCGAGCCGGUACUCCGCAUCAAGAAUACUCUCUUCAACCUCCUUCACAUCACUACGAUCCUCCUCAACCACAGCAGAACGCAUGGGCCACACAAAAUUCACUGCCAACAGGACCAUCGUAUCACCCAACACCACAUCCGCCGCCGCAACAGGUUUCAGGCGCAGUGGACGGUCCAUUGGUGUCGCCGAUAGAUUCCACUAGUAGCUACUGGGGCAGUGGUCAUCAAGCCCAUUCAAGUACAAGCCAGGGCCCGAACAACUAUGAUCCUUCUUCUGCUGCUCAAAAUCCAGAUGUCAAGCCUGCACGCUCUCAGGCGCUGGGUUUCGGCGGACCCUCUGAUUGGGAACAUUACGAUCCUAAUGCGCCUCCCCCUGAACAAACACCUACGAGUCCUCCUCCGAAUACUCUGUAUCAAGCUCACGGCCCUAUCUCGCCUCCUCAGACACGCGCAACCCUACCUGCUACUUACCAGAUUCCAAAGCCGGAGCCUGCACUCCCGACCCAUGCCGUUGAGAUUGGCGUUGCUAGCACAGUGUCACCCCGAAAGGGUUCCCGCACUCAACCGCCUCCGACAGUGGACAAUGUUCCAUCUGCGCCAUCACAGCCUGCUGACGACAGGCCCUCAUCUGCUGGCCAAUAUAGCGGUGACAUUUCCGCCCGGUCUGACAGUAGUCUCAAUGGAACAGGGAAUAUUGACAGCGUCAUUCAGGCUUGGAAUGCUCCCUUAAAAUUACACUCUGCUCAAGAUUCAACACCGAGACCCGAAUCUCGUGCAUCUGCUCCAGCGAUUGCAUCGCCAGACCCAGGCCCGUCUCCAGUCAAUGUGAAAACAGUUGACCCCUAUGACGAUCUCGAACCGGAAUUCAAAGCAUCACUCAAGAGGUACGCGGCGAUGCUACGGAAGGAGGCAGAAGCCGAGGCUGAUGAUGAGAAAUUCGAGAUCUUCCAGAGCUUUGUCAACAAGGAGCUGAGGCUGAGGAGUCUUCUUUACGGGGUCGAACUCAAGAAGGAUGCAGUCAAGGAAGUUAAUAAGGCGGCUAGUCUAGCCGACAUUCAGGCUAUUUUGCCCAACUCCACCAUCUCCUCUGGCAGGACGAGUAAAGACCUUGAUCGAGUGAACGAAUUAGUUGAUAUGUCUUCUGGAUCGGCAUCAGUACCGGCACCACCGCCAGCUCAACAAUCACAAACCCAACCAUCGAUUAAUGCAGUAGUAACAACCGACCAAGCGAAUGUCGUGCAGAAAGAACAACGGAAGCUCGACAUUUCCAAGCACAAAGAAGCUGCACCUCCUCCUGCUGCACAGCCCGUAGCCGAACCAGUCGUCGAAGACCGGCCGAAGCCGAAGGAUGCCCUUCAUGUCAUGGUCUCAGUGCCAGGCCAAGAAGAAGAUUAUAGUCCCGGUGGUCGGCCGUUAAUGAAAAAAGUUGCGGCCGAUGGUGAGGAUGAAGACUAUAGUCCCGGUGGUCGUCCAAUCACUGCCAAAUCCGUGGCAACUUCGUCAACGAAAGCUUCGUCUAUUAGCACAAUCAUUCAACAGCAGCUUCGCCAACAAUCAGAGGAUAUUCUGUCCCCCAGCAUUGAUGCGCCAAUGGUCAUCGGAGACUAUGCAACGCCUGAACCAGCUUCACCAGGCAUGAACGCCCCAAUAGUUGUGCUACCCGAGGCUCCGAAGGCUCAAGCGUCACCGGGACGACUGUCUCAAGAUAACAGCAGCAAGCCGAUCAUUCCUAUCAAGUUUGAACCUCCUCGCCCUGCAUACACGCCAUUUCGCUACAGUACAGGUGUCCAGGAAGAGAAGACAAAGACCCUAAAACCGGCAGACCAAGCAUACUCAUCGUUGCGAAACUCGGUAGCCGAUUCGGGUCGUUUAAUGGCCCAGGAUGCGGCAUUACUGGCACCCGUCAGACCAUCUUCCACCAGCGGCAAAAAGGAACAUGAAGAGGCAUUCAUCGGCUUGAUUAGAAAGCAGAGCAUGGCUGUGAGACAGAAAAAUCUUGGACCAGGCCUGGGACUGCCGCCUCCAGCUAUCAGGCCUGGCAGCGAACCCAAUACCACUACCACCUCUACCCAACCUAAGCCGCCCAUGGUCAUGCGUAUAGGAACUCCAGCCACAGCAACGAUCAAGCGCCAACAGGCGCCGGCGGAUGCCCUCAAAGAGGCCGCGGCUGCCCUGCGAUCCCUUUUACCGCCCGCGACAGACAUAUUUUCCCCCAUAGAGGCCAAUCCUGAACAUCCAAAACUCCAACUCAUCAAUUCCAAAAUCGACUCCAUCCCUGACUCUUUCUCAUUCAUUCACGACACUGUGGUGGAGUGGGAUCGUACCAACCGACUUGUCCGCAAAGAACAAGAAGCUGAACGGCAGGCCCGCCAAGAAGAAUCGGAAGGACACAUUGACGCCCUCUUCAAUGACAACGAGAUUGGAUAUGCAGAUAUCGGGGACUUAGAGGCGGAAUUCAAACUCAAGGAAGCAGAGAGGAGGUACGACGAGGAUCAAGCAGAGCUGGAAAGCUUUACGAGCCAGGUUUUUGUGGUUGUUACGGAGAGGCUGCAGAAAGAGAUUACAGAGCUGAUGACCGCGUAUACCAUGGCGAUUGACUUGCUCGAUAUCGAGAGUUUGGCGGUGUCCCGCUGCUUCAAAGCCAAUGAUAGGAGGGCUGCGGUGAGGAUGUCCGAAGUCAUGUCGUACGUCCUCAACUUGUUUAACAAGAUCGAGAUACGGUACACCAAAGUGGCUGAAGCGCAUGUGGAACGCGAAAGGCGCCGCAAACACCUCGAACUCACCGUACUAUAUACUAACGGCGAUGUACAAGGGGUGAAGAAAUUGGAGAAGGAGUUUGCAGUGGCAGAGAAGAUGGCCGUUCUGCACGAAGCAAGGGGCAGAGAUAACAGGGCCAACAAGCUGAUGGAUUCAUUCGAUCGUGUCACUGUCCGCGGGUUGGGCGAUAACCAGGUCUUUACGGACGAGAUCUUUGGCAGACUUCAGGAUGUUAAACAGGCAAUCGACUCUGGAGCAAUCCAGAAUGAGAAAGAGAAGUUAUACGAACAAGACGGCGCAAGGGAUAUACUCUCACUCGCUCAAAACGCAUUGGACACCGUCAUGGCCGAUUCUCGGCGGUUACUCGCUCUCUCGAACGAGGCGGACGUGUUGCUCAACGAUGCGGACUACAAUGUGUCGGUGGCGGAGGCACAGGUAGCCGAUGCAGACAAACCGACGUAUGCGAACCUGGAAAAGGAGAAGGCUAAAGAGGACGCAAAGUUGGUCGAAGAGAUGAAUGUGCGGAUCAGCAGUGUCACCAAAGGGCCGCAGGAGGGGAUUGCCAUGAUCCGAGAGUUGAUUGAUCGGAUUGGGGAUGAUCCGGCACACCAGGAACGAAUUAAGAAGGCUUUGGAGGCGGCGAAGAUAAGAAAUGCGAAUGGAGUGAGUGAAGGUCGAUGA